AUGGCCGCCACAUUGAAGAACAUAGCCCUGGUCGGCGCCGGCGGCAUUCUGGGUUCCCGAACACUCGAGGCACUUCUCAAGCACGGCAAACACAACGUGAAUGUGAUCACUCGCCCGUCUUCCAAGAGCGAGUACCCUUCUUCUGUCAAUGUCAAGCAGGGCGACUACCAGGACGCUGCUUUUCUGGAAGCGGCACUGCAGGGCCAGGAUGUCCUGGUAUCCAUGCUGGGGUUCGCAGGUCUGCCAGAUCAACACGCCUUUUUCCAUGCAGCAGCCAAAGCUGGGGUCAAAUAUGUGCUCCCGGCCGAAUAUGGCGCCCCGUCAGGCAAUGACGCGCAGGUCAAAGCUGCACCGCUCAUCCAACUGAAGAGGAACGACCACGAGCUCAUUGAAUCUCUUGGGAUAAAGUGGAUUGGUGUGGUCACGAAUCCUUGGAUAGAUUAUUGCAUCCGAUACGGCGUCUUCGAUAUCAACGUCCCUGAGAAGAAGGCGACCGUGUACACGGAUGGCGCGCCGUUCAGCACCACCUCCAUGGGGAAGGUAGCAGAGGGAAUCGCCAGCCUGCUUUGUCUCUCGGAAACAGAGAUCCAGAAAGAAUUCGCCAACAACUUCCUGUACCUUUCGUCGUUCACCUUGACGCAUCCGGAGAUCUUCUUGGCUAUCCUGCGAGUUACUGGCACGACCGAAGCAGAUUGGCAGGUCGAAAAGAGCACCACGAAAGAUCUUGUCGAUGAAGGAUGGCGGAUGGUGAACGGAGGUGAGCCGGCCGGCCACUUUAAGAUCGUCUUCGGAGCUGCAUAUACCCAUGGCCUGGGUGGUGAUUAUUCCGAACUUCUUCACAAUGAGAGGUUGGGGCUUGGGGAGGAAGACUUGGAAACUGUCGUGAAGGCUGCGGUAGACGCGGCAAAACCAGGCGGGUUUACCGCCGGUACAACAUUGAAGCUCAAGUAG